GGAUAACAAAGGGAAUAACGAAACAAGUGGUAGAUUGGGGCCCGAUGGCAUAUGAUGUCUGCUUUAUACAGGCAGGCGGUAAUGACAUAGCGGAUAAAACUUUUUCUCAAAAAACUGAUUUGAAAUCGGUAGUAAAAGUGGUAGCAGAAGAAUUAUGGACUUUAGCUUUAAAAUGCAAAAUUCAUGUGAAACCAAAUUGCUUAGUGAUCAUUGGCAAAUUAAUCCAGAGAUGGAUCACCCCCAGGCAUUUAAAAAAGGGGAUAAAAUUUGAAGGGCAUGCCAAGCGUCACAAUCAGGUGACACAUAUGGUGAAUAAUUUAUUAAAUCAAAGGUCAAAAGCACAUCCUCCCAUCAUUUUAUACAGGACGAGUGGAAUAGAAAUGGGCUUUAGGGAAAAACUCAAAGAUGGGACACAUUUUAAGGAUGCAUUUAUGCCCCAGUACAAACAAGGGGUUAAGGACGCCCUAUUCCUUGGCAUAGCAAGGAAGAGUGAGUAUUUCUUAAUCCAAAUAGUCUUUUAACAUAGUUAUGGCAUGGUACUAUAACUAAGGAAGCAAGGCUUAGUAAGUAGGCCAAGUAAAAAAUUUUGCAUGAUACUAAUGACACAUACGUCCAUGUUAUUAUUUAGCUAGCUAGUAUCCAAGGACUAUACUCUCAUCUAAA